AAUUGCACCUUCAACGGGCCCCCCUACUUGCCCACCGGAGUGUAUGCAUGCUGACAUGGUAGCAGAAACAGUGCGGAGAUACACCAUUCUGGAGCCGGGGAAAUCGACGUGUCCUGGUCGAUCGAUGUCUCGAGUCUGGAGAUGCGAUAUGCAACACCACAGCCAUCGCUGGUCACAAAACCACUAUCCCAAAUGACAACUUGACAACUGUUCACAUCUUUGGUCACGCUUCACUCGUUUGUUGCGACCGUCAAUACCACCCCGAAUGAGUGGAGGGCAUCGAUGUGUCGCAUGCAUGUAUGCAGCUCCUGCUUGCGAAGGGAAGGGUUGUGUGACCUGCAGGGUUGCCGAGGCAAUCGCGAGAUCGGCAGUCGUCCAGCAUCCCAGCCUCAACUCCUCAAUCCAAACAUUCCUGGUCGAGUCAAGUAGGAACUCCAUCUCAAUCUCCAUCUCCAUCUCCGCCCCCACGGGACAAUGCUCGCCAAGCUGGGAAUCUCCCUUCUGGCCUUGGUGGCCCCCUUCACCCACGGCACCUACCAGCGCACCUACUUCUACGUGGGCGGCAACUACACCCUCGACGGCAACGGCGAACACAUCCACUCUGGCCAGAUCUACGUCGAGAAGCUGACCCCCGCCCGAGUCACCCAGCCCCACCCCAUCGUCUUCAUCCAUGGCCAGGCGCAGACCGGCACGAACUGGCUUGACAAGCCCGACGGCCAACCCGGAUGGGCCUCCUACUUCCUCGACCAGGGAUAUGAAUGCUACCUGCUCGACCAGCCCUUCCGCGCCCGCAGCCCCUGGCAGUCCUUCAACGGCGCGCUCGAGACCUACUCCGCCGAACAUCUCCAGAGAUACUUCACCGCGACGCAGCGAUACAAUCUGUGGCCGCAGGCAUCGCUGCACACCCAAUGGCCCGGGUCCGGGGUGAUGCACGAUCCCAUCUUCGACGCAUACUACACCAGCACGGUCCCCUUCGUUGGCAACGAUACCGUCCAGGAGGUCGCCAUGCAGGAGGCCGGCGUGGCCCUGCUCGAUAAGAUCGGGAAGCCGGUCUUCCUCCUCGGCCACUCGCAGGGGGGCAUGAUGACGUGGGCGGUGGCCGACCAGCGGCCCGACCUGGUACACACGAUAAUCGCCAUCGAGCCGAAGGGCCCUCCCUUCGUGGAAGCUAUGUGGGGGGGUGGUCCGGCCCGGAAAUAUGGGCUGACGGACAUCCCGAUCACGUAUGCGCCGGCGGUGACGGAUCCGGAGACGGAGCUGAUCAAGACCACCGUCCCGUCCAACUCGUCGGACCGCUUCGACUGCGUCGUCCAGGCGGACGAUCCCCCGCCGCGGCAGCUGGCAAGCUUGAGCCAAAUCCCAGUCUUGCUGGUCACUGCGGAGGCAUCGUAUUUCGCGCAGUAUGACUGGUGCAUCGCGGGGUUCUUGCGGCAGGCCGGCGUGCAGACGGAGCACAUCCAGCUGGCGGAGGUCGGGAUCCACGGCAAUGGCCAUAUGAUGUUUCUCGAGAAGAACAGCGACGGCAUCGCGGCGUUUCUCCAUGGGCGGAUGGAGGCAUACACCCAGAUCAGAUCGGAUCUGUAGACAUGGUAGUGGAUUGGUUGGCGAUGGUUUCCGCUGGAUGGUGAGAUUCUCGAGAUGGGCCGAUAGAUUGUGCAUAAUAAUUGUUACGUUGUAAAAGAACUAUAAUGUUUGGGUUGACCUUGAUAG